AUGGAAAACAUCCCCUACUCUAGUGCCAUAGGAUCAGUGAUGUAUUCAAUGAUAAGCACUAGGCAUGAUCUUUCAUUUGCAAUAUCUCUAUUAAGUAGGUUUAUGUCAAAUCCAGGAAUAGAGCAUUGGGUUGCCUUAAAAUGGACACUUAGAUACAUUAACACUACAAUGCAUGUUGGAUUAGAGUAUUGCAAAAGAACUCCUGCACUUGAUCUUGUUGGCUGGAAAUCCCAGCUUCAACCAUUAGUGGCACUGUCCACAACAGAAGUUGAGUAUGUGGCAGUAACUGCUUUCAAAGAGGCAAUCUGGCUACAAGGGAUUUUGAAAGAGAUAAACUUGAUGAAUGGCCCUGUGACUAUUUCAAAGGAAACUGUCAACCUGCUGAAAAUUCCAACUGAAGAAAAUCCAUCUGAUAUGGGAACCAAAGUUGUAACUGCUGUAAAGUUCAAGCACUGCUUGAACAUUCUUCACAUCAACUGA